CGACACGCUGAGGAGAAGAAACCCGACUAACAACAAACAACAACGGUUAACCGCAGCAUCCUUCCGCUCCCCUGCCGCCGGGUCACUCGCUGCUCGGCUAAAAGGAGCACCAGGGAACCGCGGGGAGCUCACCGGACGCUGCUCUCGUCCCCUGAAGGCAACGUGUUGUUGUUGUUUUCUUAUCACUAAUAUUAAUUUAAGUGACGUUUGGGCAGUUGUUGUCGUUUCCCGUCCGCUCAAGAUGACGAGUUACAAGGCGUUUCACUCUCAACUGGCUUCCAUCAUGGAGGCGCUGACCAAGGCGGCCGUGUCGGAGAUCUGCGAGCUGGUGGAUGACAGCUACGCCGUGCUGCAGCUGGAGAUCUCCCGCAGCCACAAGGAGAACGAGGCGCUCAGGAGGAAGCUGGAGCUCAUCGAGACCAUCAUCGCCCGGGGGAACCGGGGCAGCGUCGCGAUGCUGGAUUACGGCGGGCUGGAGGCAGCCGGAGGAGGGGUUGUAGAUUUCACUGUCGAACGUGCCUUGCCUGCUGCAGUGGGCUCCAAACAGACAAACACAAAUCUGAGAAGAAGUGUUCGGGUCCCUAUGUUGGAGGCUACAACAGAGCUGAUCGCUGCAACCAGAGAGGAUUGUUCGACGGGAGCUGCAGAGGAGCUGAGUGAUAAGGACGAUAUUGUUGUCAUAAAGGACGAAGCCACAAAAGAGGAAGUGAACAGCAACAGUGACACAGACGAGCUGCUUCUCAACGAGGACGGGACGGAGGUGCAGCUGUCAGAGCCGGGGGACAGUGACGAAGGGCCCUCUGGGAUGAUGACCUCAGCGGGCGACCUGAGGCUGUGGGACCACAACAGCAACGGGCCCUCAAAGCAUCCACAAUCCAACAGUGCCCCGGGGUCUCCGGGCCCCGCGGGGGCCGCUGACUGCAGCUCCUCAGACGUGGUGUUCGACUUGGCCUCGGAGUCGGACUGUGAAGCUCCGUCUGCAGCACAGACGAGGAAGCGGUUCCUCCUGGGGCCCGGAGGAAGCCCCGCCUCGCUGCCUGGGACCUCUGAGCUGAAGCGGGGCCCCUCUCUGAUCAGCUCCCUGCCCUACGACACGGAGCUGGACCUGUGCUCCUCGUGGACCAAUCAGGGGCUGCCCAGCAUGGUGCCCGUCCCUCACCGGCCCACGCUGCUGGACAAAGGCUCCGACCUGAAUGUUGCAGGUUUCCCCUUAGGGCUGGGUCUCGGGGGGUCCAGACUGGACCCGCUGGACCUGAACAGGUACUGCAGGGACCGGCGCUUCGUCUGCAGCUACUGCGGGAAGUGCUUCACGUCCUCCCGCAGCCUGGAGACACACGUUCGCGUUCACACAGGCGAGCGUCCGUACAGCUGCGCUCAGUGUGGGAAGCGCUUCACGCAGUCGGGACACCUGAAGACGCACCAGAGCGUGCACACCGGGGAGCGGCCCUUCGCCUGCGAGCACUGCGGGAAGAGAUUUGCCGGGAAGCAGAACCUGCGGAUCCAUCAGCAGAAACACCAUCCGGUGGAGCACGGCGCCGCUCCUGUUUAACCCCGGCAGCUGGACUCUGAGGCGGACAUAUAUGCACUCAUGGUACUGAAGAGUUCAACAAACUGUGAUAGACCAGAACCUCACUGCUGUUACUGAAUCACUUUUUUAAGUUAAAGGCAUUUUUAAAAGGACGGCAGCUUUUCAACUGAAAGAAACUGAAUAAUAUGACUGUUUGAGUUCAUCAGGCCUUCUAUAUUUCUAAUCGUCUGAACUGCCUUGUUAGAAAGCUCAAUGGGACUUCGACCUGAUCCAGAUCACUUCUUACCUCAAAAAGAACGUGGGCCGUUUUGGGUCCACUUCAGUAUU